AUGGCGGACAACCGCAGUAAUUCGUCAACGCCUGAAAUAACUUAUUAUUUGAACAUCGAAAAUGCAAAAAUCCUUGCGUUUACUAUGGUCCUGGGGUUCGUUAUGUAUCAUAGUGUUAUACAUAUGAAAUAUGGUAAUGACUCCUGCAAAUGGUUGCUGAGUGAUGGUCGUUUCCCGGGUUACAACACUUGGCAACCCUAUGGUUGUAUGAUGCACAAGUAUAAUAACUUAGAUGCCAGGAUGUGUAUGCAUUACAUAUCUUAUUGGGGUGGAAACAACCACAUAACAUUUCUGGGAGACUCAAGAAUUCGACAGCUUUAUUUUGAAUUUGUCAACCUGUUAAGUCCAACACCAAUUAAGUCCUACAAGACCCACUCUGAUCUACAUUUCCGGGAUGAUAAAAUACAUGCUACUGUGGAUUUUCUAUGGCAUCCAAUGGUGAACACCUCCAUGUAUGAAGUAUAUAAGAAUUGGAUGAUGCAGGACCUGAAAGACCAACCCAACCUCGUCAUCACAGGCAGCGGCACGUGGUGUAUCAAGCAAUUCAAUGGAAGUGAAGAUGCCAAGAAUAAUUUUGCAGUAAAUCUGACGUUGGUCAUCCCACUAAUGAAGAAGAUGAAACGGGCAGGAGGCGGCAAAACAAAUAUUAUCUGGAUGUUACAAGAUCCUGUUGAUGAGACGAGACUGUAUGGAAAUAGAAGUUCUAUAACAAAUCAACAGAUAGAUAACUAUAACAGAGUGGCUCUCGACCAUCUGGAUGAUGAAAGUGUGGCAAAGGUCUGGAGUUCAUCCCGUUUGGUUGCUCAGGGAAUUGGGGAAAGAUCUGAGGAUGGCCUUCAUAUGACAAAGCCAGCACUAGACCUGGAUGCCCAGAUGUUGAUGAAUAUGUACUGUAAUGACAACAUGAACCAUGCCGAUGGCACAUGUUGUCGCAGUCCAGAAGUAGCCACCACCCUCCAGAUCAUUGUAGCUUCAUUCUUCCUCGUCUGUAUGGUUUCUGCUAUAGCCCUGAUCAUGUACAGGAAGAGACUUCGUCGUAUUAGCGUUAAAGCUCGAGCAGAAAAUGGCCAGAGGAAUGGUCAGAACUCCAGUAUCAUUGAGCCUUACCAGCCUUGUUUUGACAUACUUACCUCCCUGGCAAAAUUUGGUAUCAUCAUGGCAUACUUCUAUAUAUGUGACAGAACCAAUUUCUUCAUGAAGGAAAAUAAAUAUUAUACUCACGUGAACUUCAUCCUCCCGUUUGCCUACAUAAUGAUACUUGGAUUCUUCUUCACAGAGAGCACUGAUCAGACAGUAGUUUUACACCGGGACCAAACAGAUGAAUGGAAGGGAUGGAUGCAGCUUGUAAUAUUGAUAUACCAUUUAACUGGAGCUUCUAAGGUGCUCCCUAUAUAUAUGCACAUCAGAGUUUUGGUAUCAUCCUAUCUGUUUUUAACGGGGUAUGGACACUUCAUGUUUUUCUGGAAGAAAGGACAAUACAAUGUGUUUCGUUACUGUCAGGUUCUGUUCAGACUUAAUUUCCUGGUUGUCUCCCUUUGUUUUGUGAUGAAUCGUCCGUACCAGUUCUAUUAUUUCAUUCCUCUUGUGUCAUUCUGGUUUAUCAUUGUGUACCUCACCAUGGCCAUCUUUCCCCACAUCACCGCUGCAUCAGCGGAAGAGAAGAAGAUUCAUUAUCUGUAUCUGAUACUGAAGUUCAUCAUUCUUGCUACAAUUAUAACUCUGUUCUAUCUCUCAGAGGUGUUUUUUGAGAAAGUGUUCCUUACUCAGCCUCUGAAGGCUCUGUUUGUUACCUCCGAUGAUUCCAUACACGAAUGGAGAUUCCGGUGGAAACUGGACAGAUAUAGUGUGCUAUUUGGCAUGCUGUUUGCGUUUGCAUACCAGAUGCUCAUCAAGUUUAGAAUUAUCAAUGAUACCACGGAAGAAUCUCUUGUAUCAAAAGGCUUCAGCUACUGCCUCAUGAUACUUGGCUUCAUAGGACUUGGGAGUUAUACUGCCUUUGCGUUUGUGUGCAAGAACAAAAGGGAAUGUAACGACUAUCAUUCCUACAUCGUAUUCAUUCCGAUUGUCUCGUACAUAACUGUACGUAAUGUCCCUGGCUGGCUGAGAACAAAAUACAGCUCCUUCUUUGCUUGGUUUGGAAAAAUUUCACUGGAGUUGUUCAUAGCUCAGUAUCAUAUAUGGCUGGCUGCAGAUACUAACGGAGUCCUGGCCUUAAUUCCAAGCUACCCAGUGCUGAAUGUGAUUGUCACCUCCUUCAUCUUUAUUUGUAUAAGCCAUGAGAUCUCUAAGGUCACCAAUACACUGGCUAAGUAUGCUGUCCCCAGUGAGUGGACACGACUCCUGCGCAACAUUGUCAUCUUUCUAAUAGUUCUACUUCCUGUUGCUAUCACACAUGGUGUGCUUAUGUUCUGAAAUCUUACACAUUAUAAGGAUUUUCCAUUUAUAUGCUCAAAUUGUUCUGAUAUAUGUACAUGUAUUUCUUCUAAAGAAAAAAAGGCUACUUCAGUUAUUUGAUAAAUAAUAAUGGCAAAAUGUGUUGAAGCUUUUUUCUCACAAGUAAUCAGAAAUGAAUGCGAGAUUAUUUGAAAGUCUCCCGAGAGAAGAAAUGCAUGUGUGAUUGUUUGAAAGUCUCUUGAAAAAGGAAAUGUAUAUGUGAUUGUUUGAAAGUCUCUUGAAAAAGGAAAUGUAUAUGUGAUUGUUUGAAAGUCUCCUGAAAAAGGAAAUGUAUAUGUGAUUGUUUGAAAGUCUCCUGAAAAAGGAAAUGUAUGUGUGAUUGUUUGAAAGUCUCCCGAGAGAAGAAAUGCAUGUGUGAUUGUUUGAAAGUCUCUUGAAAAAGAUAAUGUAUAUGUGAUUGUUUGAAAGUCUCCUGAAAAAGGAAAUGUAUGUGUGAUUGUUUGAAAGUCUCCCGAGAUAAGAAAUGCAUGUGUGAUUGUUUGAAAGUCUCUUAAAAAAGAAAAUGCAUGUGUGAUUGUUUGAAAGUCUCCUGAGAAAAGAAAUGUAUUGAUGAUCAUUUGAAAAUUUCCUGAGAGAGGAAAUAUAUAUGUCUAAGUAUUUUAAAGUUUCCUGAGAUAGUAUUUGUGUUAUAUAUUGUUUAUGUGUCAAUCAGAAAUGUUUUCUCAACAGCUGUCAUGGUAUAUCAACAAGGGCUGGUCCCUUGUAAAUGUAUUCUUUUAAAUCUAUAACUGUUGAUUUUGUAUGAUGACUAUUUCAAUAAAAUGCCUAUUCCUUCCAAAACUCCAGGUUUAUUUUAGAGAUACCCCCUUCCAGGACUCCAGGUUUUAGUUAGAGAUACCCCCUUCCAAAACUCUAGGUUUUAUUUAGAGGUACCCCCUUCCUGGCCUCCAGGUUUUAUUUAGGGGUACCCCCUUCCAGGACUCCAGGUUUUAGUUAGAGGUACCCCCUUCCAAAACUCUAGGUUUUAUUUAGGGGUACCCCCUUCCAGGACUCCAGGUUUUAGUUAGAGGUACCCCCUUCCAAAACUCUAGGUUUUAUUUAGAGGUACCCCCUUCCUGGCCUCCAGGUUUUAUUUAGGGGUACCCCCUUCCAGGACUCCAGGUUUUAGUUAGAGGUACCCCCUUCCAAAACUCUAGGUUUUAUUUAGAGGUACCCCCUUCCUGGCUUCCAGGUUUUAUUUAGGGGUACCCCCUUCCUGGCUUCCAGGUUUUAUUUAGGGGUACCCCCUUCCUGGCCUCCAGGUUUUAGUUAGAUGUACCCCAUUCCUGGACUCCAGGUUUUAUUUAGAGGUACCCCCUUCCUGGACUCUAGGUUUUGUUGAGAGGU